AUGAGCGGCAUGUUCGAAACCUGGCUGGGCAGCUUGGUGGCUGCUCUUCAGGAGAGGGAGAAGGAUGCCAACGUGGUGGUGGUGGACUGGCUCCCUCUCGCCCACCAGCUCUACACCGACGCCGUGAACAACACGAGGCUUGUUGGGAAAAGCAUCGCCAGGCUGCUCGACUGGUUGCAGGAGAACCCACUUUUCCAGCUGGAGAAUGUCCACCUGAUUGGGUACAGCCUGGGUGCCCACGUGGCUGGCUUUGCUGGCAACCACGUCCAUGGGAAGAUAGGCAGAAUUACAGGCUUGGAUCCAGCUGGCCCCAUGUUUGAAGGGGUGGACCCGAGCAAGCGCCUCUCCCCUGAUGAUGCCAACUUUGUGGAUGUCCUUCACACCUACACCAGGGAGACCCUGGGUGUCAGCAUUGGGAUCCAGAUGCCUGUAGGCCACGUUGACAUCUACCCCAACGGGGGAGACUUCCAGCCUGGCUGUGGUUUAAGUGAUGUCUUGGGAGCAAUUGCCUAUGGGACCAUAGGUGAGGUGGUCAAAUGCGAACACGAGCGCUCUGUGCACCUCUUUGUGGACUCCUUGGUCAACCAAGACAAGCAGAGCUUUGCCUUCCAAUGCACCGACUCCAGUCGCUUCAAGAAGGGGAUCUGCCUGAGCUGCCGGAAGAACCGCUGCAACGGCAUCGGCUACAACGCCCGCAAAACCCGCAGCAGGAGGAACACCAAGAUGUACCUGAAGACAAGAGCAGACAUGCCCUUCAAAGUGUACCAUUAUCAGAUGAAAAUGCAUGUCUUCAGCUACAAGAGUCUGGGAGAGGUGGAUCCCACAUUCUCUGUCACCCUUCAUGGCACCAAUGGAGACUCUGAACCUCUCUCUUUAGAAAUGCUCGAUCAAAUUGGCUUAAAUGCUACUAACACCUUCCUGGUCUAUACUGAAGAGGACAUGGGUGAACUGUUAAAAAUCAAGCUCACCUGGGAAGGAACAUCUCAGUCGUGGUAUGAUCUGUGGAAGGAGUUGAAGAGCUACUGGUAUCGACCUGCCAAGUCUCCCCAGGAGCUCCACAUCAGACGUAUCCGUGUGAAAUCUGGGGAGACACAACAGAGGUUUGCUUUCUGUGUGGAGGAUUCCCAGCUCACCAGUAUAACUCCUGGGAAAGAGCUCUGGUUUGUGAAGUGUGCAGAAGACUGGCAAAAAAG